GGAGGAUUAGCCAAUAAAACAAGAAAUGAACAAACUAAGAAAGCAGCGCUCACAGCUACACUCGUCGUCGUCAGCUAUUGCUUCAGUAGACGACAGUUACUUCGCGUUUUUACCCCAACGAGUUUUCAAAGCAAGUUUAUCUCCACACAGAUCAUUCAACACCACGUCUAAUAAAAACCCAAGUUCACUUCUUCCCAGAAUAUUAAAGUACAUAACAUCGACGAUCACUCCUUUUGUCCGCAGCAAAAUGGCCAAGAAGGCGGCUCUUCCGAUGAAGAAAGCCAAAGCGAAGGCUCCUGCUCCCGCCAUGAAGAAGGCCAUGAAGAAGGCUAUUGCUUCCGAUGCCGCCGCGCGACCUAUGAAAAAGGCGAAGGCAGCGGAGAAGCGGGUUCCUGCGAUGAAAAAAGCUAUGAAAAAAGUUCCUCCGAUGAAACAAGCGGCGAAAAACAAAAAAAUUGUUGUUGCGAUGAAGAAGGUGGUGAAAAAGCCCGCUUCUAUGAAGGUUAUGAAAACUACCAAAAAGCGCGGCGCCAAGAAGAACGGCCGCGAGUCGAAGAUUGCCAAGGGAAAAUUGGCUCGCCGUAAGGUGCUGGCUGGGUCCAAGGAGAAGACGCAGGGCGGACUUACCAAAGAUGAUCUGCGGAAGAACAAGUAUGGCAAGAUUGUGUCGGCGAAAGUCAGUGAAAACGGAAAAAAAAUGUUCAAGAACAUUCACGGUUGGAAUCGUGCGAUGAAAAUGGCGCGCGAGUACCUGUAUCCAGAGCAGAAGUAUCGUACUAGUAUAAAUUGCAUUACAAAUUCACUUGGCAUUCCAAACUAAAUAAUGCGGAUUUCCCUUGGUAAAGAGAUUUCGAUUUGUAAUGCAUAAACGCAAUCAGUACGAGUGCGAUACUUUUGCAAUGCAUAACCUGAACGUCGACGGAUUUUGUCCCGCGGGAGGAUCCAGCGUGCGCGGGAAGGUACUUAUAAAUACCCUUUUCUUCAUCAUCUCAACCAUGAUCAUAGAUACAACUCUUGAGUUCUUUACUCCUUGCAGAAGUCUGUAGUCGCUCCUUUUCAGCCAUACCCAAAAAAUAAUAAUUUUGUACAGGCGUUUCUCGGGGAAGUCCGACGGUUCUAUGCCAAGAUUAAGGCAGAGAAGAGCAACGCAGCCACCCCGCCCUUCCAGGCCGAAAUUGAUGCGGGGAAUAGCAACGCAGGCACCCCGGAGGACUUCUAUGCCGCAGCCACCCCGUGAGUGAGUAUUUGCGCUACCCAGAUGGGGCAGAAGUACCUGCUUGCUCUGUAUCUAGAUGACCUCCUACGUGGUCUUUAAUAAAACUUCGGGAUUGGUAUCGACCAACCGCGUGGUCUUUGAGUAACUAUACUGUUAUGAACUCACACUGCCCUCAUAGGGAACUCUAACUCAUAUUUUUACAUAUUAGAGUUUUACUUUUAGUUUGAUGUUGACACAACCUCGCGUAUAAAGGGAAGACACAGGUGAAGAAUUGCAAAACUUCUUCUGCGUUUGGUGUCGAAGGAAAACAAAUUGACACUAUUACUGUCUAAGGAAUAAAGAGGCAUUAGUACUGUCAGGAAUAAAGAGGGCUACAGCCCUCUUUCGGGUAUGGACUUCUGACUGCGGUUUGAUCGUUUUUAUUUUGCUGAGCUCUCUUCAAAAGAUUGCCUCUCGGCAUACGCAACAUAUCGAUGAACAACCAAAGACCACAAACUACACAUCAUCAAUUGAUGAAAAGAAAUAUUGGGUGAGAGCUUUCUAGCUGCAUAUCAACAGUAGCCCGCUAGAAUAAAUUUGCUGCUUGUCAUCUUCUAGCUUUAGGCGGGAAUGACC